AUGUGCAUCACCGAGUGCAUCCAGAGCUUCCUCGACCCUUGGGAGUGGAAUGCCCUGGCUAACAAGCUCAUGCACAUGUUUUUUGAAUUCCUGGAAGACCUGCGGGGGAACUCUACGGUGCCUCUGCUUGAUGGGAGGGGCAUCCCCGUUCCCCAUACAUUUUUGUUUGAGCGUUACCGUUUUUCGUUGCAGUCAAUGACAUAUAUACACAAUCUCAUCCAGCCUUACAUUACUAACAUCAGCCAUCGUGGACGUGCUCUUACAUCCGAGCAGAUACUUUGUGCAGCUUUACGUUUCUUUGCUAAUGGAAGCUUUCUGCACAGUAUCGGGGAUGCGGAGCAUAUUAGUAAAGCCACUGUAUGCAGAGCUGUUCGGAAAGUGUGCCUCGCUCUCAAGCGCUUUCUGCGAAUUCUUAUAGUGUUUCCUGGGCACAAACCCCUGAGAGCCAUCAAAGAGGAGUUUCACAGGAUUGCUGGUUUUCCAAAUGUGGUUGGAUGCAUUGAUGGCACACAUAUACCCAUCAUUGCACCAACUGAAAAUGAGGCGGACUAUGUAAACAGAAAGUCAAUCCACAGUAUUAAUGUGCAGGUAAAUAGAGUUACAUGUGAUGCUGCACAUAUCAUCACCAAUGUUGAAGCCAAGUGGCCCGGCUCUGUUCAUGACUCACGAAUAUUUCGUGAGUCCACCCUAAGCAACAGACUGGAAUGUGGAGAGAUUGAUGGCUUUCUGCUAGGGGAUAAAGGUUACACAUGCCAACCUAAACUUCUAACCCCUCACCCAGAACCUGAACAAGGCCCACAGCAGCGCUUUAAUUUGGCACACAGCAGGACUAGAGCCAGGGUGGAGAUGACCAUAGGCCUGUUGAAAGCACGUUUCCAGUGCCUACGUCACCUCAGGGUCUCCCCUGAGAGGGCCUGUGACAUCAUUGUGGCAUGUGUAGUUCUCCAUAAUAUUGCCAUAUUUAGAGGGGAACAACACCCUGCCCUACACAUACAAGACCCAGAGGAAGACCCCAACCACCCUCCACAUUUCCAGGAUGGAAGGGUGGUCCGAGACCUUAUAUUCCACCAUUCCUUCUCAGAUUGA